AUCAUGUGAAAACGUCAAAAUAAAACAGUGUCAAAAAUGGCGUUUAGCUUUCCUGCUUUUUCGUACAUAAUUGCGCUAAUUGUAGAUGCAUUUCUCAUAUUCUUCUCCAUAUUUCACGUCAUAGCAUUUGAUGAACUCAAAACCGAUUAUAAAAACCCUAUAGACCAGUGCAACAGCCUCAAUCCACUCGUUUUACCGGAGUAUCUGCUGCAUCUGAUAAUAAAUAUCCUAUUUUUACUCUCGGGAGAAUGGUUUUCCUUGAUUAUCAAUAUUCCUUUGAUUAUUUACCAUAUUCACAGAUACCGAACAAGACCAGUGAUGUCAGGUCCCGGCCUCUACGACCCCACUAGCAUCAUGAAUGCUGAUGUACUCACUGUCUGUCAGAGGGAAGGAUGGAUCAAGCUGGCCUUCUACUUAUUAUCAUUCUUCCUAUACCUUUAUGGAUUUUAUUCAGCAAUGAUCAGAGAUUAGGACAGUUACAGUACAGUAGACAGUAACUGACUGGUGGAUGAUAGUUGUACUAAUCGCCGCAUAAAUUAUAUCAAUCAAUAUUCUAAGUCAUUAACUUAUUAUUUUCUUUUAACAUAAUAUAAAAGAAUCCAUUCCCGUUUUCAUGUAAACCAAUAAUGUUUUUUAAAAUACUUCAUUUAGUAAGCAUUUUUCCACAAUAAAGUAAUUUUUAAUUAUUAUA